AUGGAUCCACGGAACGUGUUGGCGUGGGCCUGUCCGUUGCCGAAGCCCCCGUUGCCCAAACUCAUCAUUCUUGUUACCGGCGAACACGGCGCCGGCAAGGACUACUGUGCCGGUGAAUGGGUCGCCGUGUUCUCUGAACUUAACGGCAACGCUUCUUCUUCAAUGCAUGGUCUUCGCGCGCAAGCUGUAGGCAUCAGCGACGUCACGAAACGCGAGUUCGCCGACGCGACUGGUAACGACUUCCGCCGCCUUCUAGACGAUCGGGCAUAUAAGGAGCAACACCGUUCAGCGCUGACAGCCUUCUACGAGAAACAAAUCCAGGAACGACCCCGACUACCGGAAGAACACUUUCUUGAAGUUGUCCACAAUGCGGCAGGCGCGGAUGUCGAUGUUUUGUUCAUCACGGGGAUGAGGGAUGAGGCACCUGUCGCAUCAUUCUCCCAUCUAGUGGCGGCGAGCAGAGUGAUCGAAGUCCAUGUUGAUACCAGCGAAGCCUCACGGGUUGCUCGUGGGGUACGCACCGAGAAGACGACUGACUCUGCAGCUCCGCGACAUCGUCCAAAUCCGACCUUCGUCAACGACACACCAGGAAACGGCGCGGUACGAGAGUUUGCCGAGGCCUCCAUACUUCCCUUCUUGCAUAAUGACCUACAACCACUGGCCGAUAUGGUACGCUCAAUCCCAAACUUCCCCAAGCCGGGCAUCCGGUUCCGACAUGUACUCGGAAUCUCGCAGCAGCCAGGUGGCCUUGCUCUUUGCGCAUCACUACUACAAAGUCACUUCACUGGAUGCUGGGCCAACGUCGAUGCCAUUGUCUGUUGCGAGGUGGGCGGUCUCGUCUUUGCACCGGCAUUAGCAUCGCUGGUAGGCGUGCCUCUCGUGCCCAUUCGCGAGGCUGGCAAGCUUCCGCCACCUACCAUCUCGGCCACGAAAAACGCAUCGUAUAUCUCUUCCCAAGCUCCUAACCAAGCAAAGAUUGGAAAGCGCAUCGAGAUAGAGCGAAACGCGAUUAUCGGCUCUGACUCGGUCGUAGUCGUGGACGAUGUAUUGUCGACGGGCGAGACUCUUUGCGCGGUGCUACAUCUACUGAAAAAGGCUGGUGUGAAGAGUAUCGCAGUCAUGGUAGUUGCGGAGUUUCCACUCCAUCGUGGGCGUAAACUAUUGUACGAUCGUGGACACGGUAUGGUGGAUGUGCAGAGUUUGCUUGUCUCGGGAGGUGACUAG